AAAAAUCAUUAUCAUCAACAUCAAUAACAACAGUAAGGCCCUUUUGAAGACAUACUGACUUCGAUUAAGUUCUCUGACUCCUGGGACGAUGAACAGGCUAGGUAACAGAAGAACCACAAAGGAGGGAUCGACUCUUUUGAAAAGCCAGAACCUUGGUCUGUCCCCAAAUAGAUCAUGGCCCCAUAUUGGUGCUGCAGCAGGUCAGCACAGAACUAUUUCUGAAAACUGCUCCAGCUAUGACAAGAACAUUGUCAAAGUAGCUGAUGGUGCAAAAGGCAGUGAUGGGGAAGACUAUGAAGAUCCUAAGACUUUACCUAUCGGAGGAUUUCAUUCAAUGAAAAUCUUACCUGCCAGACCUAUACAGGAGUCACAAUAUGCAGAUAUACGCUAUUUCCAAGAAAGGAUGAACCCUCAUAUUUCUACAGACACCAAGAACAAUGUUUCCAUGAAGCAACAGCCUUGGAACUUCCAGAUGAGAUUGGAAACACCAACAAAGAUUAUUUCGUUGCUGAUGAUGGCUGACCCAAGUUUUCAAGGCAAAGGGCACAAAGUGAGCAUGUCCUCACCCUCACUCCAGAGAGCCUCACAACCAGCACAUAGUAGCCUUCUUGAUGAUAAGCCUUUGCCUACCAGUUUGCUUCAGAAGAAGCCAUGUCAUGGCAAAUCCAGCAAAAAGGCUUUCAAGAAGUAUGACUGGUAUAUUGGAGAAUUUAGCCGACAGGAAGUGGAAAAAGCUUUGAUGAAGGAAAACACUGAUGGGACCUUCCUGGUUCGAGACGGCUCCAAGAAAUCUAUGGCUGAACCCUAUGUUUUGGUGGUGUUUCAUAGGAACAAAGUGUAUAAUGUUAAGAUCCGUUUCCUGGAGGGGAGUCAGCAGUUUGCCCUUGGAACAGGACUCAGAGGAGAUGAUAAAUUUGAUUCAGUAGAAGAUAUAAUUGAGUACUACAAAUUAUUUCCUAUUGUGCUUAUUGAUGGAAAAGAUCAAACAGGAACCCACCGGGAGCACUGCUACCUCAAGAAGCCUCUUUCACUCAGUAGAAUCUACUCUUCCUAG